AUGGGCAUAGGCUUUCUUCCGAGAAAGUUGGGUUACCAACAUCACCACCCUAUCUCUCACUUGUAUCCAAGUCCAACAAGCAAAAACCAUCCUUCGUCACCGGAGCUAGCUUCGCCUCCGGGGGCUGGAAUCUUCAAUGGCCCAGAUGAACACUACGUAAGCACUAUUGAAACAAAAGAUAUUCUCAAUAAGCAGUACUCAUUCAAAAAUUAA